AUGAAGUAUCAGAAGGAGUUAAUUGAGACUGCCAAUAGGUUGGUGGCUGAUGGCAAGGGGAUUUUGGCAGCCGACGAAUCUAACAACACAAUCAAGAAAAGAUUCGAUGCUGUGGGAGUUGAAAACACUGAAGCGAACAGAGCAAAAUACAGAUCCCUCCUGUUUAACGCACCGGGGCUCACCAAGUACAUUUCAGGUGUGAUAUGCUUCGAGGAAACCCUGGGCCAGAAGGACACCGUCAGCGGUAAGACCCUCUCGGAAACACUCAAGGAAAAGGGGCUUAUCAUUGGAAUAAAGGUGGACAAGGGGCUGUUUGAGUUACCGGUAGUUGGAGAGACUAUUACGAAGGGGUUCGAUGACCUAUUUGAACGCAGCUCAAGAUUCUACGAGAUGGGAGCGCGCUUCGCAAAGUGGAGGAACGUGUUGACAAUAGAUACUGCCAAAGGUCUGCCUUCUAGACGUGCAAUUACUAUGAACGCCUGGAACCUGGCGAGGUACGCCCUGGUGUGUCAAGCGGCUGGCCUUGUCCCUGUGGUGGAGCCCGAAGUGCUCAUGGACGGAACUCACACGGUGGAGGAGUGCGAAGAUGUCACGAGGAGGGUGCUGAUGGACGUGUUCAGGGCACUCAACGAGUACAACGUCCUCCUCGAAGGAAUGCUGCUUAAGGUUAACAUGGUGGUGCCGGGAGCAGAAAGUGCGAGUGCAACCGACAUGAGCAAGGUGGGAAGCCUGACAGCCUCCUGCCUGCUGAAAACGGUGCCCGCAGUGGUCCCAGGAGUCGUGUUUCUCUCGGGAGGACAGAGCGAGAAGAACGCAACGAGGAACCUGAACGACAUCAACAAGUUUAUUCAAACCGUGAACAAUUACUCGAAACGUGAAUUGACCGAAAGUGGACACGAGUGUGCGAGCAAGCUGUGGAAGCUAUCGUUCUCGUACGGCAGAGCCCUCCAGAGCAGUUGCCUGAAGGCCUGGAACGGAAAGGACGAAAACGUCGAGAGCGCACAAAAAGUAUUGCUGAUGAUGGCCAGGAACAACUGGCUGGCCGCACAGGGUAAGCUGACGGUGGAUCACGAAAACGAGUUGGAUCAACUGACGAAGGAUUUAUCCAAAGCCAGUUUGUACGAGAAGGACUACAAAUACUAA